UGCUCAUAUUACUCUAAGCAAUCAAUUUUUUGGCAUGUUUAUGGACUCUUUGGAAUAACUAGAUUAAUAUUAAUGAAUUUAGAUGGUGUGUUCAUCGCCGCGUGACAAAGAUUACUGCCCACAAUGUACGGGCAUAUCGGGAUCAACUUGCGAAAUUGGAGAAUAGCAUGUUUAACUGGAUGCCUUACUCUGACGAAGUCAUCAAUUAUCUUCCCGAGUCCUGUCGUGCUGGCAAGGCUAUCUGGACCUCCAUGACCCCUAUAAUAUUCUUUCAUAUUGUGGAGUUUCACAUGUCUCAUAGGGUCAUGCGACAAUUUGGUUUGGAGCAAAAAGUGCCUAACACGUACUUAUUUUAGACGGAAAAUUUUCAUAACACACUACACAAGUUGAAUAGAAAAGGAAGGCCUGGAGUUGAUUGGUACACCUACCACCUCGAGUACAUCACAUGGUGGGACAAUAGAUUGAAUAAUUUGGUAGACAGUGACAACGGUGAGCCUACCGAUUUGGAUUACUUUGAGUGGUAUCGGUCACACACUGUUUCAGUUAUCUCACGUCCUCUUUGUUCGAAUCCUCCUCUAUCGGGUUUCCACGGCCGUACCAAGAUUCAUCGGAUAUGGGUAAGUCUUUCUAAUUUAUUAUUAUUAUUUUUAUUUUUUUGUUGCUGUUAUUCUUUUAUCCCUUUAAACUAGAGGCAGAAUCCUGUUUGAAUGCUACGAUAGUAUCAUAGGGUUAGGAUUUGACUAUUGGAUUAAUACUAUACUUGUUGACCAUUGGAUUUAUGUGGUUUUGUUGAUGAUUGUGUUCUCAUUGAAUAGUGGUAUCGUGUGGUUUUGCUGGAUUUUUUUGUGUGAUUGUGUUUAUUGAUUGGCCAUUUCAAUUUAGUAAAUAAUAGAACUUUAAUUGAUCAUUCUGAGUUUAGUAUGAGAAUGAAAUGGAGGGUGGAUGUAAAUUAAGGCUGAUUUUAUAUGGAGAGUUAUGCUGAGAACUGUUUUUUCCAGGGCAAUGUUUUGGCCACAUUAACAUUCAAGCUUCAAAGUUGGCUGCUCAAUUCGAAGGGACAGAGCAUUAUACCAAUUACAUUGAUAUUGCUAAUAUGGCCCUUAAUGCCCCACAUUUGAAUGGGACGGAACCGGCCCCCUCCUACCCUAGUCAUACUCUAAUUGAACAAGAUUUGAGUCAAAUUCAGCCGGGCCAUCAUCCGCAUCGUGCGCGAUUCAAGCCUCGUGGUGGGCCCAUGGAGGGGGUGGGAGGCAGCCCCGACGACCCCAAAAACCAAAAAAACAAGCUCAACCCCAUGGAAUUCCUACUCCAUUUACACCGCGAGAGGCGAUAUUUAAUUUUGAGUCUCGGCAACUUUUACAUGACUUUGGGCAACAUUAUCAAGAAUUCAAUCAACAACUAUCGCACGACUAUAAUUUUGGCCCAACGGUUGAGCAAGACAAUGAUAUUGAUAUGGGUGGUGAAGGAAGUUCAGCCACCUCACACACAAGCUUAAGCAUUGGCGGUCAUGAUGGUGGUCUUGAAGGUGAAAUAUCUCCAGAAUUAGGUCGGGAAAAAGAAAGAAAAUUUUUACAAAGUGUGGAACAAGAAACCAUUUGAAUGUAGAUCAUUGAGGCUUUGUAUAUUAUGUUUUUUAGUUUAAAAACAUAUUCACUUCAAUUCUAGGUACUUUUGAAUUUGUUAUUUUGUUGAACGUUAUCUUAUUUUAUAGAAUUUUUUGAUAUAUU